CACAGUGUUUUUCAUUUACCCCUGGGGAGGAGGAAGACAGAGAGGAUGGACAUUUGCAAGAGCAUCUGGGCGAGUUAGUGCUGGGCUUCCUGGAGAGAGACCUCCAGCCGUCCUGUCAGCUGGCCUGCCUGGAAACCAUCCGCAUCCUGUCCCGUGACAAGAAGAGCCUGGUUCCCUUUGCCACCCGCCACGCCAUGCAGAUCCUGAUCCGACAUGCUGGCCUCGGUCAGGGUGAGGGCUUCACGCCCGAGAUCCCGGACCUGGAAGUGAUCGUGGAGGCCCUGAAGUGCUUGUGCAACAUCGUGUUCAACAGCGAGGCGGCUCAGGAGGCGGGGGCGGAGCUCCAGCUGAUCGUGGGAUUGGCCGAGAGGCUGAAACAGUGCCGCGAGCCGCAGUGGAACCACUACGUGCGAUUCUUCGACCUGCGCCUCACGUUCCUGAUCACCGCCCUGCGUGUGGACGUAAGAGCCCAGCUGGCCCGCGAGCUGCGGGGGGUUAGUCUGCUGUCCGAGGCUCUGGAUGCCACGCUCGGCCUCUGCUGGCCCGACACGUACGAGGUGGCGCGUGCAGACUUUGACGGCUGCUCAGAGCUACCCCCGCUGGGGAGACAGGAGACGGAGCGAGCCAUGGAGAUCCUGAAGAUCCUCUUUAACGUCACCUUUGAUUCCAACCGCCACAAGGUGGACGAGGAGGAAGCAGCCACUUACAGACACCUGGGUGCUAUACUGAGACACUGCAUCAUGAGCACCUCAGAGGGAGAAGAGCGCACGGAGGAGAUGCACAGCCACACGGUGAACCUUCUGGGGAACCUGCCGCUUCCGUGUCUUGACGUCUUGCUGAUGCCUAAAGUCCAGCAGGGCUCUAUCGAGUACAUAGGCGUCAACAUGGACGCCGUCAAGGUGCUGCUGGAGUUUAUGGAGAAAAGACUCGACCGGGGAAACAAGCUGAAGGAAACCCUGCUGCCCUCGUUAAAUCUACUAACGGAGAGCGCUCGCAUCCACAGAGAGACCAGGAAGUUUUUACGAAUGAAGGUGCUUCCACCAUUACGAGAUGUCAAAAACAGACCUGAGGUGGGGAACGCUCUACGGAACAAGCUAGUGCGUCUAAUGACACACAUAGACACGGACGUGAAGCACUGUGCGGCUGAGUUCCUGUUUGUGCUGUGCAAGGAGAGUGUUUCCAGGUUUAUCAAGUACACAGGUUAUGGUAACGCGGCAGGGCUGCUGGCUGCUCGCGGACUGAUGAGAGGCGGCCGAGACCCUGGAAAUUAUUCAGAAGAUGAGGACAGCGAUACCGAGGAGUACAGAGAGGCAAAACCUCACAUCAAUCCAGUGACCGGCCGUGUGGAGGAGGAGCAGCCCAACCCUAUGGAGGGAAUGACUGAAGAACAGAAAGAAUAUGAAGCCAUGAAACUGGUCAAAAUGUUCGACAAACUCUCCAGGGGGCAGGUGAUCCAGCCAAUGAAAAUCGGUGCUGAUGGUAAAAUGACUUCAUUGGAGCCACAAGAGCUUCAUUAUUUAGCCAGUCAACAGUUCGGAGAGUCCAAUAAUUCUGACAGCGACAGUGACGCAAACUAAUUCUCCUGAAAUGAGUCUUGAGUCUUUUAACAGGACGGAUAGGAUUGCUUAUUUAAUUUUAAUCAAACACAAAAGCUUAUUGUGAAUCAUAUAAAAGAAUUGAAUCGUUUGACAUUAAGAUUUAAAUGCUUUUGUUUUUACUCCAAAGGAAAACACCUGGUGAUUGUUACUUCGUCUCGUUUGAGGUUUAUUGUGUUGGCCUGUCUUUAGGUAAUAUUUUCUGUACAGUGACAAUGAAAACGUGGUUUGGUUGCACAGUGCUAGUUUAUUAAUAUAACAGGAUUCAUUUCAUGGAACUCCCAAGUUAUUAUACAUCACGGAUUUUAUUUUUCAUUUAGUAUGUGGUCUGAGAAGAAAACAAAUGUGACACUGGGUGAAGACAGCAACAGAGCCCUGAUAUUUAUUUAUUUAUUCAUUCACUUGGUUUUAGGAUGAGCUAAGUGUGGAAUUUUUUUUAAGUUACAAUAUAUAUAUAUAUAUAUGAGAUGUGAUAUUUUAUGAGGAAGUACAGUUCAGCGUUUUUUGGUUUUACUCAUGAGCAUAUAAAGCCUCCUGUGAUCAACUUAUCUUUUGUUCUGUGUGGUAAAAGGAUGAAUUGCUGUAUAUUGUUAUUGGUGGCCCGUGUAGUUACAUGUGAAAGACUGAAGGAAAUGUUGUAUAAUUUGUAUCACAUUGUGUUUAAAAAAAUGUAUUGUGAGAUUAUAAUAA